GAUCCUUGCAAGUGUGCGCCCAUGCUUUUCAUAUAGGGUAAACAUACAGACCCCGUUAAACAGGACUGGACUUUUUAAAUGUAAGACACGAUGCACAUUUGUUGAGAUUAAAUGUGUUUGCCCGAGACACGCACCAAUACUCAAUGUUGACGAAGACUGGCUCUGAAAUUCCUAGACGGGAAAAUAAGAGACACAGAGCAAAGAGCGCAAGCCGCGUUUGACAGGUGCCAUCGUUCGGCUCUGUGGGCUACGGUGUUGGGGAGAUGCCGCCUGUUCAAAGAAAUGUGUCCGACCUCCGGUCCCGCGUGGAAGGCUAUGAGAAAACAGAAGAUGGAUCUGAGAAGACCUCUUUAGCUGACCAGGAGGAUGCCAGACUCAUUUACAUCAGUCAGCCUCAGUUCACCAAAUUCUGCUCCAACCGAGUCAGUACUGCCAAGUACAAUGUCCUCACCUUCCUGCCACGAUUCCUAUACUCUCAGUUCAGAAGAGCCGCCAACUCCUUCUUCCUCUUCAUCGCACUCCUACAGCAAAUCCCAGAUGUCUCUCCCACCGGCCGCUGGACCACCCUGGUCCCCCUCCUCUUCAUCCUGGUGGUGGCCGCCGUCAAAGAGAUCAUUGAGGACCUGAAACGGCAUAAUGCAGACAGUGUGGUCAAUAAGAAGGAAACCCAAGUGCUGAGGAACGGCGCCUGGGAAAUAGUGCACUGGGAAAAGGUGGCGGUAGGGGAGAUAGUCAAAGCAGCCAACGGGGAUCAUCUCCCGGCAGACCUCGUCAUCCUGUCGUCCAGUGAGCCGCAAGGAAUGUGUUACAUCGAAACCUCCAACCUGGAUGGAGAGACCAACCUUAAAAUCAGACAGGCCCUCCAGAUCACCACGGAGAUCAGAGACAUUGACAGCCUCAUGCGUCUGUCUGGCCGCAUGGAGUGUGAGAGCCCCAACAGGCACCUGUACGAGUUCGUUGGGAACAUCCGCUUGCACGGGCACAGCACUGUUCCCCUGGGCCCUGACCAGAUCCUCCUGAGAGGAGCUCAGCUUCGGAACACCCAGUGGGUGCACGGCAUUGUGGUCUACACCGGCCAUGACACCAAGCUCAUGCAGAACUCCACGCGGCCCCCUCUGAAGCUGUCCAAUGUGGAGCGCAUCACUAACUUCCAGAUCCUGGUGCUGUUCGGUUGCCUGCUGGCCAUCUCUCUGGUCUGCUCCAUUGGCCAGACCAUCUGGAAGUACCAGUACGGCAACAAUGCCUGGUACAUGGACCUCAACUAUGGCGGAGCUGCUAACUUUGGGCUCAACUUCCUCACCUUCAUCAUCCUCUUCAACAACCUCAUCCCCAUCAGCCUCCUGGUGACGCUGGAGGUCAUCAAGUUCGUCCAGGCCUUCUUCAUCAACUGGGACACCGACAUGCUGUAUGAGCCCACUAACACUCCAGCCAUGGCACGCACCUCCAACCUGAACGAGGAGCUGGGCCAGGUGAAAUACAUAUUUUCUGACAAAACGGGGACCUUGACCUGCAACGUGAUGCAGUUCAAGAAGUGCACCGUCGCCGGAGUUGCCUAUGGUCACUGUCCUGAGGGAGAGGACGGUAGUUUGGCUGAGGAGGACUGUCACAGCUCACACUCGUCUGAGGAGGCCGGAUUUAAUGACCCCAGCUUACUGGAGAAUCUCCAAAGCAAUCAUCCAACGGCUCCUGUUAUCCUGGAGUUCAUGACCAUGAUGGCCAUCUGUCACACCGCCGUCCCCGAGCGCACCGACGACAAGAUUGUCUACCAGGCAGCCUCGCCCGAUGAGGGGGCUUUGGUACGAGCUGCCCGAAACCUGGGCUUUGUGUUCUCCGGGAGAACCCCCAACAAUGUCAUUAUUGAAUCGUUGGGGGAAGAGGAGAAGUACGAGCUACUGAAUGUGUUGGAGUUUACCAGCACGAGAAAAAGAAUGUCUGUCAUCAUGCGCACUCCAACCGGUCGGAUCCGCCUCUACUGCAAAGGAGCCGACACGGUCAUCUACGAUCGCCUGGCCGACAGCUCCAGGUACAAGGACAUCACACUGAAACACCUGGAACAAUUCGCCACCGAGGGCCUGCGGACGCUGUGCUUUGCUGUGGCUGACAUCAGCGAGUCGUCGUACCAGCAUUGGCAGGAGGUGUACCAGCGUGCCUCCACCUCUCUGCAGAACCGGGCCCUGAAGCUGGAGGAGAGCUACGAGCUCAUCGAGAAGAAUCUGCAGCUACUGGGCGCCACGGCGAUUGAGGACAAGCUCCAGGACAAGGUGCCAGAGACCAUCGAGACGCUCAUGAAGGCCGACAUCAAAAUCUGGAUCCUGACCGGAGACAAACAGGAGACUGCCAUCAACAUCGGCCACUCCUGCAAGCUGCUGACCAAGAACAUGGGCCUGCUGGUGAUAAAUGAAGACACACUCGACGACACCAGAGAAACGCUGAGCCAUCACUGUGGCUUGCUGGGAGAUGCGCUGCACAAAGAGAACGACUUCGCCCUAAUCAUCGACGGCAAGACUCUCAAGUACGCCCUCACCUUUGGAGCGCGCCAGUACUUCCUGGACCUGGCACUGUCCUGCAAGGCUGUCAUAUGCUGCAGGGUGUCUCCACUGCAGAAGUCGGAGGUGGUGGAGAUGGUGAAGAAGCAGGUGCGCGUGAUCACGCUGGCCAUCGGGGAUGGCGCCAACGAUGUGGGCAUGAUCCAGACCGCCCACGUGGGCGUGGGCAUCUCGGGCAACGAGGGCCUGCAGGCCGCCAACUCCUCAGACUACUCCAUCGCACAGUUCAAGUACUUGAAGAACCUCCUGCUUGUCCACGGGGCCUGGAACUACAAUCGAGUGGCCAAGUGCAUCCUCUACUGCUUCUACAAGAACAUCGUCCUCUACAUCAUUGAGAUCUGGUUUGCUUUCGUCAACGGCUUCUCUGGGCAGAUCCUGUUUGAGCGCUGGUGUAUAGGCCUCUACAAUGUGAUCUUCACCGCUUUGCCCCCUCUGACUCUGGGCAUAUUCGAGCGAUCUUGCCGGAAGGAGAACAUGCUGAAGUAUCCCGAGCUAUACAAGACUUCUCAAAAUGCAAUGGGCUUCAACACCAAGAGGGUCUUCUGGGCCCAUUGGAACGGGUUUGUUCUAGACUUGGUUAUCCUCUUCUGGUUCCCCCUCAAAGCCUUCCAGCACGACACCGUCUUUGGGAACGGAAAGACUCCAGACUAUCUUCUCCUGGGGAACAUGGUUUAUACGUUCGUGGUGAUCACUGUGUGUCUGAAGGCUGGACUUGAGACUUCGUCCUGGACUACAUUCAGUCACAUAGCCAUCUGGGGGAGCAUUGCCCUCUGGAUAGUGUUCUUCGGCAUCUACUCCUCUCUGUGGCCACUCAUUCCCCUGGCUCCGGACAUGUCGGGAGAGGCGGACAUGAUGUUCAGUUCAGGAGUCUUCUGGAUGGGGCUGAUCUUCAUCCCCAUCACCUCUCUGGUGUUCGAUGUGGCCUACAAAGUAAUGAAGAAGGUGUGCUUUAAGACCUUGGUGGAUGAGGUUCAGGAGCUGGAGGCCCUGUCCAAGGACCCCGGGGCCGUGGUGCACGGCAAGAGUUUGACUGAGAGGGCUCAGCUCUUGAAGAAUGUCUUUAAGAAGAGCACAGUUAGUCUUUACCGCUCGGACUCCAUGCAGCAAAACCUACUCCACGGCUAUGCCUUCUCACAGGACGAGAACGGCGUGGUGUCCCAGUCGGAGGUGAUCCGGGCCUACGACACCACCAAGCAGCGGACCACCGAGUGGUGAGACUCGACCGCCACUGCCGCCGGCCGCCGGACAGUCCUCGGUCCUUUCCUCAUCCUCCACCCCGGAGCUGUUUUAGUGUGGGCAGAGCCCCUCUCGGGCACCCUGAUCCUGGAGGCCCACGCGAAGCCACGGUGUGUGUGUGUGUGUGUGUGUGUGUGUGUGUGUGUGUGUGUUGCAAGUGUGUACUGUCUCAGACACACCAUCCAGGCCGCCGUGACGACACUGAAAAAAACAACAACAGCAGUGAAGGAGGGUAGAGAGCACACAGUUUGUUGAUUCUCUACGUCUUAGAAAAAAGGGAAAGAAAAAAAAAUUAAAUCAAAAGAAAAAAAAGAUAUGAAAAAAUAUAUAUAUUGUCUGAAGCUAUUCUUCACUUACGCCGUAGUUGUUUGUCCAGCAGAAAUGAUUACUGUGCUUGCAUUUUUUUUGUUCUAUUGUGUUUUGCAGUUGUGUUGGUCUGAAUCUCCUCCCCUCUACUGAUUGAAAAGGGGGAUGGCGUCUACUUUUUGAAAUUACUUGUCUCUUCUGAUCUUUACUUGAGUGUAAUGCCAAACUAUGUUGUCCAAAAUCGAUCAUAUUUUUUUUUUUUUUUUUAGUGCCCAAUUGGGGAUGCUACACUACACACAAAUCCCCCCCAAAAACGUUUUGACUAAAAACAGGAAUUCACAUUUUUUUGACAGCGGAAAACUUUCAGACGUAGACAGCCAAAGAACAUAGUCCUGAAUCUCUAAAUGCAAUCCCGAUUUCCAACACAAAGACAGACAUGCGCUUUGAUAGCCUCAGCGCGUCCGGUCCAGCAUGCGACUCUCUCUCUCGGCACUGAACAGAUCACUGCACUCCCAGUUUGUUUUUUGUUUUCUUUUCAUGUUCAAUUCUUGCACUCGAUGAUCUACUGUAUCAAAGCCUUACAUUUGUUGUUGCCUUCAGCCAUCAUUACUUUCAUUUGUUUAUGUAGUUUUGAUUUUUUUUUGAUUAUUAUUAUAAGUUUGCUGGUAGAUGUUGUGCCUGUUGUUCUGUUUUGACAGCUUCUUGCAAAAGUCAGUCGUUUUCUGGCAUUUUUGUUUUUGUUUGUUUUGUUUUGUACAGCAUUAUUUUGAAAGCUCUUAACAAUUAACUUGCAUUCCAUGUGUUUCUCGGCUGCGACGAUCACAAAGGUGCCUAACUAGGAGUUUAGUUUUCCUUUUUCCCUGCUAAAGAAAGUAUUCCCAAUUUUACUCGUUCCUUCUCAUAUUCCGUGCUUCGCGCCACGGGACAAAGACGUCCUCUUGGUCCCCAAAGGGAACAUGAAGGGCCACAUCCCUUUUGUGAGGACACUCAAACACCUCUGCCCGGUCAUGUAACACAGGUGGGUGUCUGUCCAGUAGACAGACGGAAUGAACGUCUUUAUCCGCGUUAAUGUCGGCUUACGAGCAGCGACUUCCGUCUCAUUCCCGCUCUCUCCUUCAGAACGGAGAGUCAAUCCUAUAAAACAUAAGUGCCAUUAGCUCGAGGGAAAACAAAACGAAAGAAAACAAAAAAAAAGAGAUAACCUGGAAAUUCACACAGUAUUGUUUAAAAGAAAUACUUUGUGUCAAUAGUUAUUUUGUGAAUUUGUAUUUUUAUAUUGGACAAGUAUGACUUUUCGGAUCGACCUGCUUUGUAACGAAUUGUCCUUUUUUCCAGACAAUGACAGUGGUGAAUGCGGUGCUUGUUGUUUUGUUUGUUUUUUUAGUUCCUGUAUGACUAAAAUGUCUGUAAUGUUGUUAAUAAUGCUUCUUAAUUUAUUUAUAGUCCAAUGGUUGUGCAUUUUUUGGUUUUCUUCUCCCUGUGGGAGAUCAGGUUGUAGAGCGAUUAUCCAACGGGUGUUGUCUGCAUGUGCAUGUCUGCGUGUUUAUUUGUGUGUGUGGGUGGGUGCGAGUGUGUGUGUGUGUGUGCGUGCGUGACAGAAUCGGUGUAUGUAUGAGGUCUUUAUUUUGUGAGCAUGAGCACAGUAUGUUAAUUGGACAAGAUUGUGUUUUGUUGAUACUGAGAGAAAUUAUCGAUUUUCUCUAACCUCCUUUUGAGCUUAUAAGAGCGCGUGUGUGUGUGUUCAUGUGUGCUGCUCGCUCUUUCAUCUGUCCGCACGACUUGGCAGGUGUAAUGAUGAACUACUGUUAAAUGCUGCAUGGCCGUGUGUGUGUGUGUGUGUGUGUGUGUGUGUGUGUGGUUAGAUCCUGCGUUCCAGCCUUUCUCCAUUUGGGGCUGGGUGUGAGGGAACCGUCGUCUGUACUGCUAGCUUGACAGAUGUUGCACAAUGCAUUGUUUUUAACUUUCCUGUAGUGGAUAAUUGUAUUAAUGGCCAUUUGGUUCUGCUAUUAUUUAUCUGGCUCUAUGUUUGAAUCCAGUUUUCCUUUCAUCUCUCUCUCUCUCUCUCUCUCUCUCUGUCUCUUUCUCUCUAACCUCUUUCAUGUGGUGUUCUUCUUUAAAAACAAACUCCAGAGUAUUUACUCUCUUGGUUUUCCUUUGGGAGGAUGUACAGUAAACAAAAAAAUAUAUACAUUUCAGGCUGUUGUUUUUUGAUGGGGCUUUUUUUCUGUUACUGUUGCUGGUCGUCAUCAGAUGUCACAAACUCUGAGCUCUGUUGUUGGUCUACUGAUGUGAAAGUUGUGGUGAAUGGCUUAGGACUGUUGUCUUUCUUUUCUUCUUGUUUUUUUUUUUGUUUGUUUUUAACUCGUCAUCUGUGGAAGUUGUUUGGUGGUUGCAUGAAUGGAGAAUUAAAAAAACAAAAAAAAACGUUCAGUUUUCAAGUGUUUUAAACUGUACUUUGAUUCUCUCUCCCUCUCUCUUGUCUUGGUCACUUUAAAGAGGAAAAUGCACUUUUUCUAUUUGAAUCUACCCCCCCCCUUCCUCCUUUCUUUUACGUCCUCUGUUUGAUGAUUGUUCAGCAUGUUGGGACUGCAAAAACUUUUAAGUGUUUCUGUCUUUUACUGCCAUAAAGGACUACUGAAAUAAACUUUACAACUGGAAAAUGGA